GAUUUAUCCUAAAAUAUAUUUAUUUAUUUAUUCAAUGUUCUAAAUAUCUUGAUAAGUAUAGAUAUUUAAAUAUAUAUAUAUAUAUAUAUAUAUUUAAAUAACAGUAUAUAUAUAUAUAUCAGUUGAAUAAAUUAAUGUUUAUUGAUUAUCUUAAAUAUCAUUAUAUUAACUAAAUAAAAAUUAAAAUAAUUAUAUUAAAUAAAUUAAUGAUUUAUCUUAAAAUUAUGGAGAAGAUGACAACUACGCAAAUUCACUUUUUAAAUAAUAAUAUAUAUAUGUUGUCAAAAAAACAAUAUAUAUAUAUAUAUCACAUUUAAGUUCUAUGCAAUAUAUAUUAUAUACACCAAAUAAUAUAGUAAAAUUAAUAUAAAUUUCAUAUUUCAAAAAAGAAUAAUUAAUUCUUUAUACUAAAAUCAAAUAUUUUCUUAUCUUAGAAUAAAUAUAUCUUAAAAUAAGAAUUUUAAUUAAGAAAUUUUUUGAAAAUUAAUAUUUCUAUAAAUUAAUAAAAUUUCAAAGUCCAAACAUUAUUAAUUUAUAGAGGUUCUACUAGUUUUUUUUUUCAAAUUUUGUUUUUCCAGAUAUCUAUUUACCACGAACAACUUUGUACGUGAGACAUGAAUGAAAAGGAAGGAAAUUUAGACAUAAAUCAUAAUUCCAUUGAAGACAAACAUGUAUAGUACUUUUGUUGAUUAGUUUUUUUUCUUGGUUUAAAUUAUAGUUUGAUUUACUUAAUUUAAUUUGUUGGUCAGAAUGAUUUUGGUUUAAUUCAAUUGAAACUAUUGUUCUACUAAAAAAAAUCAUAAUUUAAUGGUUAAAUUAAUCAGGUUUUCAAUAACCAGUGUGGUUACCUGUGGCCAAAGAAUUAACAAAUAUGUAGCCAAUGUAAUUUUUUUUGUCAAAUUGCAUUAAAUAUGUGGUCAAUGGAUAAAUAAAUUUAUCAAAAUAUAAAAUCAGUCAAAUUAAGUAAAUCUGCGAUCAAAAGAUAAUAGAUGUAUCAAAUUCAUAUUAAAUCUUUUAAAACCUAAAUAAAUCUGUCAAAAAUAGGUAAAUCAAUGGCCGAAGAAAAAAACUUAAUCUAUCAAAUUUUAUAAAAAUCUGUUAAAAUUAAGUAAAUUUGUCGACAAAUAAACUAAGUUUAAUUAAAUUUGUAAAAAACAUCAUAAAUCUGUGACCAAACGUGACAAAUUUGUAGAAAUCUAAUUAGUUUAUAGCAUUUAAGAUAAAUCUGUCACAAAAAAAUAAAAAUAAGUUUGUAAUUACAUAAAACGUGAACAAAAUAAGUCAACUAGUAAUGUAAUUUUCGUAGUUAUUAGUUUUAUAUCAAAUGAGCUAGGGGUAAAACAUGUACGAAACUAAAUUAGUAAUUAUAAUAAAAUUAGAGUCUUUCUAGUAAUCAACUAAUGAAUUAGGGUUGAACUAAAAUUUCCCCUUAAUUUAUUAAAAAUAUAAUUCUAAAUAUUUAAACUAUCUUUCUUACGUUGUAUUCCGCCUAAAAAUGUUUUUGCUGUCAACUCUCUUAGCGAUUCCAGUGAUCACUUUCGGCAAUAUGGACCAUUUCAUUUGAUGAAAAAAAGAUAUGAAGAAGAAAAAAAAGGAAGAAGAUUGUUGAACCAAAAAAGUUGAAUCAAUGUGAUUCAAUGUCACUCAAUGUCAAAAACAAUAUCAGUUUAGAUAAAAUCAUAAGGUUUUCUCAGAUUUAAAACAUAGAAUGCAUAUCAAAAAAAAGAAGAUAAAAAACGUAUAUGACGUUAGAGUAUAAAUUCUAAUGUGUUUAGAAGGUAGCAUACAUGUAAGGAGUAGUUAUUUUAUCAACGAUAUAUGAUAUAGUAAGAGAUAGAACAUAAAUGAAUGUUAUCUAUAUUUUUCAACAAUGAAGUAAAAAGCGUACAAUAUAUGUUGUACUUUAUAAUAAUAAAUACGUUUGGUUAGAACUGAGGUACCCAUAUUCUAUAUUUAGAUAUACCAUAGAGAAUACUUUAAAAUAUGAAUAGUAACCUUUAUAAAAGGUUGAAGCAAUUAGAACAUUUAUUUAAUCCUUGUAAAUAGUUAUAAUAUGCAAUCUAGCAAAUCUAGAUCAACAUAUCCAAAUUCUUUUUGGAAAUAAAUUUUUGUAUUCCAAAACUUGUAAAAUAAUAUAAGGAUCAUAUUGAUUUUCCAUAAUUUUUUAUUUAUAUUUAGUUUUAAUAUUUUUUUGGUAUUAUUAGGAUAAUUAUUUUAAAACUGACUAUUUAAUACAAAAUUAUAAAGAGACAAAAACAUUCUCAUUAUGGCUUAUUUUGUGGAUUUCUCUUUUAUAAAAAGGUUAAAAAGCAGACUAACAACUUGUUCUUCACUAAAAAAAAACUUAAAUUCUCAAUUCAGUGUUUCCUAAUUUGUGAAUAUAUAUUGCCUAAGUGAUUUAUUGACUAUAUUACUUCCAUUUACAAAAGCAAAACACAAAAACAUAUCCAAAGCUUCCUUUUACCAUGAAAUCAUCUAUAUAAAGAUCAUUACUACUGAAGAAAUAAUUUAUCAUUCCAAGAAAAAUAUUAAAAAUGUCAGAGCCCAAAAAUAAGAAGAUCAAACACAUUGACGAGCUGCCUGAAGAUCUCACUGUAGAGCUGCCUGAACAUCUGGUGGAGUACAUCAUAUCAACAUAUUUGCCCAUCCAAUAUGUUCUACAAAACCAUGUUGUGUCCAAAACAUUCAGGGAAGCAGCAAUUCGAUCCCGAGACCUUGAUUUCGGCAGGAUAUACUCCAGGAGACGUAGUCAAUCAGAGGUUGUACAUAUAAUUGAAGAGAUUUUUAAUCAACACAAAGGAUCAGAAAUCAACCGAUUUGUUCUGAUUCUCAAUCAUAUUGGCGUAGAGGAUAAGGUACUCUCGUGGGUAAAAACAUGCCUAAGUAAAAACAUUCAAGAGCUGACGUUAAACUUCUCCAAAUCCAAGAAAGUCAUGGAUCUCUCUGUUGAUUUCUCGGCCAUCGAGACACUAACUGUCUUGAAUCUAAGGUGGUGUAAAUUCGAAAUACCGAAUAAUACCCCAAAGGGUUUAAGACUCUUGAGGACACUUGCGCUCAUGAAGUCCAACGUAACACCAGAGAUGAUAGAUGCAAUAUUCAGCAACUGCAUUCACCUCGAGACGCUUGAACUAACCAGAUGCAUAACGCAUGGGGUAUUGAGCAUCAAUGCUCACAAUCAUAAGAAGUUCAAGGAACUGGUCCUGUAUUGUAUGCCUAAUCGCUUGCAAAUCAUUUUAGAUGCACCUACUCUUGAAUGCUACAAGUAUGAAGGAUUUGUUAGGAUUCUUGACUUUUCAAAAGUGGACGCACUUAAGGAGGCGAAACUCCAUUAUAUCCAGAAUUACAAUUGGCGUUAUUACGAUUCGUCUAACAUGGUGCUUGCUAACAUGGUGGCCUAUACAGGAGUUCAUGUCCUCUCAACGACAAAUAUCUUUCUUGAGGCAUUCAAGGAAAGAUACAUAGAGGGAGAAAUGAGAAGCCCCAUUUUCAAAUUUUUGAACUUGAAAGAAUUCAGUAUUCUUUUUAAAGCUCCAAACUUGUGUACUCUUUAUCACAUUUCUGAAUUCCUCAAAAGAUCCCCUAAGGUCGAAAAGGUUUUGAUCGAUGUACGUAUCUCUCUAUCUAUCUCAAAAUCAAUAAUUCUCUAACUCUAAUUAAGUUCAUUAAAAUUCUCGUUUGGUAAGUGCAGAUUAAGGAGUUCACAUUUGAACCUGGUAUGCUUUGGAUAAUUCAUCAAAUGUCAUAUAUGGAGAGCAGCAACUGCGAGUUUAACUCUAUCAAGGAAGUCACGAUUGAUGGCUACAAAAACCAUUGGCAUGAGCUUGAUAUAGUGGAGUUCUUUUGCAGGCACGCAAAAUCGCUAAAGAAGUUGAAGUUGAUCAUUCCAAAAAACGUUAAGAAAAGAGCUCGCGGACUCGAUUAUGCUAGGCUGGAUUACCUAAAAAGCAGAUUUACAGGUGUUAUAGUGGAAGUUUAAAUUCAGGAUAUGACCAAGCAUGGCAAACUAUAAUAGCUCUUCUGAUGUGUUUUUUCUAAAAAAAAAUUUAAUGUUAUUUUCUGAGAUUUGAACUCUUUUGUUUUUAGUUUUGGUAAUGUUUAAGCUAUAAACUAUGUCAUGAUCCGCGUAACCUCGCAGAUUUCUUUUCUAGCGAAUGGAAUAAAACAUAUAAAAAUAUAAAUAAUAUGAUGUGUGGUGUUAUAUAAUUUUGUUCUAUAAUAUUUAUUUAUCUAAAUUAAUUAACAUUAUUUUAAUUUAUACAAAACUAAUAGUGAAUCAGUUAUUUUAUAAAUCUGUCGAAAUAUUAGGAAAGUAAAAAUAAUGAAUUUGUUAGUUUAUAAACAGACAAAAUGGAUAUAUUAAAUUGAAAAACAUACAAAACAAUAAUUAAGUUCAAAUGAAUGUUUAUGUUUAAAUAGUAUAAGAUUUAUUGGAAUCAUUGAUAUCAAAGUGGUUUUGGUCUAAUUUGCUCAUAAACUACUCAUACAAAAAAGUUUAGAGUCAUAUAAAAUUGGAAAAACAAUAAUAGAUGCUAAAUUUUAUUACAAUCAAUAAUUAUUUCUUAUUGUGAAAUUACUAUAAAUUACUGUUAGUAAUUUGUUUAGCAUCCAUUAAGUAAGAAAUCAACGUUGGUCAGUAUUACUUCAUUCAUGCUUCAGUUGGUAAAAAUUAGAAGAAGAACAAAUAAGAGGGAACACAAUGCUCCUUAAAAAUUUACACCAUUGGGAGAAAAAUAAUUUGAACAUCCAAACUUGUUUUUCUUCUUGUUCACGAGAAAAGCAGUGAUAUAAACAAUGAGAAAAAGUGAUGAAAUCAAAGAGAAUAGACUUGGAACUGCGAAGAUAACAACAUCCUUUUGACUUCGGAAAACCCAGAUAAAGAAGAAGCUUUCUGAUCAAGAGAGAACCUCUGAUUGCAUACUGACAUUUCUUCAUGUCUCCGUUGAGCGACUCGUAGUCUACUAGUUUGAGAUACAUUUUCAGAAUUGACUUUUCACACAAAUAGCAAACACGCUUAGCUCGAUUAUGGAGUGAAGGCGGAGAUGAUUAAAGUGGUGACGAUGGCGAUGGUGAUGAGCGGCGCCAGAGAUGAUGACGAACGAGAUAAUCGCCGAGACGACGCCGGAGAUAAUGAUGACCGAGAUGAUCGACGCCGGGGAUGACGCAAUCUGUCAUCGUCGAUUUCGUGAUUUAAAUUUUAUUUCAAUUUUUAGAAAAAUGUAAGUAGAGAAAGAAAGGGGUAAAACGGUAAAUGCCAUAUUAAAUGAAACAUUUUUGUGAUUUUGAGCCUUCAUGUCUAGAAUGAGAAGAAAAAGUGGAUAUAAGGCUAUCUAAGGCCAUUUCUUGUUUUUUUUUUAAUGUAAAUCUUAAUUAUAGAUAUAUUUGAAAAGUUGUUUGUUGUUUAAAAUUAUGCCAUUAUAUUACUUUUUACAAUACUUUUAGGUUGUAUAAUUUUGUGAAGUAGUUUUUUGAACUAUUUUAUUAACUAGUUUAACCAAUUAACGUUGAUAUUAACCUACCAACUAUGAUUUGAUGCCACAUUAAAUAUAAUUUUAUCUAAAGUGUUAAGAAGACUAAACGCCAUUAACAAAUAUUUUAAAAUAAGCUUCAGAUUUAAUGGCAAACUAGAGUUGGAACCGCGCGCCCGCGUGAAUGUUUAGUUUUACCAUUUACAAAUAGUCUUAGGCAUUCGCUUCUCGGUUCGGUUCAAGAUCGUUUCUUUUGUUUUUUUUUGGCUUUAGAAAUUUAAGAUCCAUUAGGGUAUUUAAAAAGUUUGGUUUAGUUCCGGUUCAGUUUAACUUUCGGUUAAUUUGGGUUGAAAAAAAAAAUCAGCUUUUCGGAUUAAAUAUCAGAUUUUUGGGGUUUUCAGAUACUAAUUUGGAUAAUUCAAAUAAUUUUAAAUACUUUUGAUAAAUAAAUAUUAUAGUAAUUCGAUUUUUUGGGUAUUUUGACAAUCAAAUAAUCAUAAAACAAUAAUAUUUUAUAAACAUAUAAAUUAUAAUAUAGAAAUUUGGAUAUCCACUUGUUUCUCGGUUUGGUUUGGUUUUGAUCCAGUUCCUGUUUUUAGCUCUAGAGAUAUAGAAUCCAAAAAUAAUAAUUAACAGGAUUUAAAUCUGAACCAAACCUUUUUUUCGGUUUGGCUCGGUUCUGUUCUUCGAUUAUGGGUAAAAGUACCCAAGCCUAAUUACAAAGAUCAAUAGUUUAUAUACUAUAUGUUUGUUUAUAUAUUUUUAUAUAUGAUUGUACAUUAUAAAAAUAGAAUCUAUAAAUACUGAAUAAAUAAAUAAUAGAAAAUAGAAUGGCCGUUCGAUGUCAAAAAAAAAAAUAAUAAUAAUAGAAAUAAUUAUCACUUUAUAUAUAUAGUGAUAUAAAUAAUCACUUUUAUAUAUAUAUAUAUUUACUCUUGAGCUACAUUCACUUUAUAUAUAUAUAUAUAUAUAUAUAUAUAUAUAAAGUGUUGUUUUUAUUUGUAAAUAUAUAAAAAUAGGAAUACAUAAAGUGAAUGAACCAAUUAAAACAGAAAUUAUGUUUAUUAAUUAUUUAAUAUACAUUCCUUUUAUUGUUAAAUAAUUAAUAAACAUAAUAUUAUUUUUUAUAUAAGCCAAACGUGAUUUGCAAAUUUUAAAAAGAGAAUAUACAGAUUGUGCUAGUAAGAUUAAUAUCCUUUUAGUUAUGAUGAUUGCCUUAAAAUAGGAUUUCUUUUUCUGUAAACUAAAAUAGCAAAAGUUUUUAAAUUUUAAUGGUAAACUAAAUAUUUACCGGUAGCUAGGGUUUAAUUCAUUAAGUAAAAUUAGUUUGAGAGUUUUACGUUAAAUACUUAGAGGGUUUUACCCAAAACAAACUUAGUUAAAGGGUUUUAACAUUAAAAAUCCAAUUUUAAAUAUAUUUUGCAUUUUAUACAAACCUAUUUAAUGUAGAAUCUUAUAUUUACGUCUCUUCUCUUGGUAUUGUUUUUGUAUGAGAAGAAAAGUGCUUUUGAAGGUCAAGCUUUCACUCAAUAAUGUUUCGUACAUGUUUUAAAGAAACCUGGAAAAAUACACAAUUGUAACAAAAACAUGAACCAUACGUAAUUGAUUUUGUGGUAUACGUGAAAAUUUUCUUAGAUGAGAAACAGUUCCUCGAUAAUUACACUCUUGAUUAAUCAUGAUAUAUAUUGGAUCAAAUUUAUGUGGUAGGUCUUACACAACUGAUGUAUAAUAUAGCCUAUUGAAUUUUGUAUAAAUUGGAUUUGAUUCUGCACUAACAUAAACUGAUGUAUUUUUGGAAUUGAAUCUAUAUUAAAGACCAAUGGCAUAGGAUUGUAAUUGUUUUGGAAAAAUCAGGAUUAUUUCUUUCUUAUACUCUUAUUUUAAUAGAUUAGAUUAUGUUGUUUUUUUUUUGAACAAAAUCUAGUCUAUACUAUUAAAAGGGAGGCAUUCUUAAAAAAUCUAUUUAUGCAAGGUUAUUUGGACCUAUUAGUUAGACUACCUAUUAGUUAGACUAACACCACAUAAUUCAGCAUAUUUUUAAGCCAAAGUAAUAUUUCAUACAUCAACUCAUAAUUUCUUUAAUGUACAAAAAGAGAUAUUGUAACUAACAACGAUAUUUUACGUAAAGAUUUUAUUAUUUUUUUUAAUACAGAAAAUAACUUAAGGAAAUAGUCAUAACAAACGGAUCAAUAUUAAUGUACUUAUUUUUGGACCCUACAUAUAGAUUAUCGAACAUAUGAUGCAUACCUUUGUAUUACAAACUUAACAAUAUUCAUUCCACUUUUUAAGUGAUGUGUUAUUCAUGUAUAUCUUGACUCUUUUAAUGAAAUGUUAUCACAAAUUUAAUAUCUGAAAUUGAAAACUAUAUCAAUACUAAAAAUAAUUGGUUUUAUAGUAAUGUAAAUUCAUAGUUGUAACUAUGAUAUAAAUAUAUGCGAGGAAAAUUCAUUUUUAAUUUAAAUUUGAUAGCUUGUGUGUUAAUGACAAUAUUUUGAAAACCGAACGGGGCACUGAUUCAACAUUGCACUUGGAUCAAUGGUCGGACAGGUUUAACCGCUAAAUUUUAAUUUAAUUUUAAAUUAAGUAACUAUAUAUGUAAGUAUAACUAUAAAUUAAUUUUGAUAUAAGUUUAUAUCAAUGUUAUAUUUUAAAACUGAUAUGGAAAAAUAAAAUGAAAAAUUCAAAAACUAAAACUAAUUUAUUUAUAUAUGUAGUAGAAAACAAUAUUAAAUUUUGAUGAAAUCUUAUUAAAAUUUACAAUUUUUUUUUAACUUGAAUUUGCCAAAACUGGGUUUUAAUAUUGAACUAGGUCCGAUUUAACUCAAAUUCGGUUUUUAGCACAACUCAGAACCAAUUAGAAGAGCGAGUCAGAAUCCGACUGGUUCGAUCGUACGGUCCGAUCAGAUUUUCAAAACAUUGGUUAAUACAGUUCAAGAAUUAAAAUAUAUAUUUUUAAUAAUGAAUAUCUUUACUACUAAAAACAUACAUAUCAUCUUUAAAUCUAUUUCAAACAAAUCUCACACUAUAAAAAAUAAUGAAUAAUAAAAACAUUAAAAAUCAAUAGUUAUAAUGUGAAACAAAAAAAAAUAUACUAGAUUUAAAAUUUAUUAAAGAUUAUAAACCUCAAACCCGCGCUUUUUAAGCGCGGAUCAAAAUCUAGUCUAUACUAUUAAAAGGGAAGCAUUCUUAAAAAAUCUACUUAUGCAAGGUUAUUUGGACCUAUUAGUUAGACUACCUAUUAGUUAGACUAACACCACAUAAUUCAGCCUAUUUUUAAGCCAAAAUAAUAUUCCAUACAUCAACUCAUAAUUUCUUUAAUGUACAAAAAGAGAUAUUGUAACUAACAACGAUAUUUUACGUAAAGAUUUUAUUAUUAUUAUUUUAAUACAGAAAAUAACUUAAGGAAAUAGUCAUAACAAACGGAUCAAUAUUAAUGUACUUAUUUUUGGACCCUACAUAUAGAUUAUCGAACAUAUGAUGCAUACCUUUGUAUUACAAACUUAACAAUAUUCAUUCCACUUUUUAAGUGAUGUGUUAUUCAUGUAUAUCUUGACUCUUUUAAUGAAAUGUUAUCACAAAUUUAAUAUCUGAAAUUGAAAACUAUAUCAAUACUAAAAAUAAUUGGUUUUAUAAUAAUGUAAAUUGAUAGUUGUAACUAUGAUAUAAAUAUAUGCGAGGAAAAUUCAUUUUUAACUUAAAAUUGAUAGCUUGUGUGUUAAUGACAAUAUUUUGAAAACCGAACGGGGCACUGAUUCAACAUUGCACUUGGAUCAAUGGUCGGACAGGUUUAACCGCUAAAUUUUAAUUUAAUUUUCAAUUAAGUAACUAUAUAUGUAAGUAUAACUAUAAAUUAAUUUUGAUAUAAGUUUAUAUCAAUGUUAUAUUUUAAAACUGAUAUGAAAAAUAAAAUGAAAAAUUCAAAAACUAAAACUAAUUUAUUUAUAUAUGUAGUAGAAAACAAUAUUAAAUUUUGAUGAAAUCUUAUUAAAAUUUACAAUUUUUUUUAACUUGAAUUUGCCAAAACUGGGUUUUAAUAUUGAACUAGGUCCGAUUUAACUCAAAUUCGGUUUUUAGCACAACUCAGAACCAAUUAGAAGAGCGAGUCAGAAUCCGACUGGUUCGAUCGUACGGUCCGAUCAGAUUUUUAAAACAUUGGUUAAUACAGUUCAAGAAUUAAAAUAUAUAUUUUUAAUAAUGAAUUUCUUUACUACUAAAAACAUACAUAUCAUCUUUAAAUCUAUUUCAAACAAAUCUCACACUAUAAAAAAUAAUGAAUAAUAAAAACAUUAAAAAUCAAUAGUUAUAAUGUGAAACAAAAAAAAUUAUACUAGAUUUAAAAUUUAUUAAAGAUUAAAAACCUCAAACCUGCGCUUUUUAAGCGCGGAUCAAAAUCUAGUAUUCUAUUAAAAGGGAAGCAGUCUUGAAAAAUCUACUUAAAAAUGUUGUUUGGACCCUUUCAUUAACUAACAAUAUUUUUGGUCUUACCAUAAUAAUUGACUAAUAAUAUAUUACCUUAUAUUUCUCUAACAAUAAUUUAGUCACUGCUAUAUAUCUUUGUUUUUUUUUUGAACUGAGCUAUAUAUCUUUGUUAGACUUAUUAAAAUCAAAUAUCUUACAAUAAGCAUAACACCAACUUAUUUGAUUUUAAUAAGUCCAACAAAGAUUUAUGGAAAAUAGAAGUUGGAGCCCUGAUACCUUUUGAUAAAACCAAAUAUCUUACCAUACGUAUAACACCAACUUAUUUUGAUUUUAAUAAGUCCAUUCACCAACCAAUAAGUUUAAAACCAAACAUAUUGUUAAUUUUGGAGUAAACAAACCUAUUUACUAUACGUACUGAUAUAUAUAUAUUUAAUAUUGUAUUCUAAUGUUUGUGGAAUAUUUAUACAAACAAGUUAAAAAGUAAUGAUAUAAUAUUUAUAUAAACAAGUGAAAAAAAUGAUCUAAUAUACAUUAAAAUACGAGUCGUUUAAAUCCAUAACUUAAAUACCUGUAAAAUUCUUAAAAUUUUCAGGUAUGUAACUGAUUCGAUUAGGUUUGGGUAUCUAAAACCCAAAGUACCAGUAAGCCUGAAAAUACCUGAGACUCCAAAUAAAUACCCAAAUAAAUAUGCGAAAAGCCCGUAUUUUAACCUAAAUCAUGAAUCGAAAAACUAAAAAUACUUAAAAUUUAAUUUGAAUACCCAAAAUAUAUUUUAAAAUUGGAAUUUUACCCAAAACCUGAAACAAUAACCAAAAACCCAAACUUAAAAUUUAAAAGAAUAUCCAAAUUUAAAACAUAUACGAAAUACCCAUACAUACCUAAUAUACUAAAAAGAUCCGAUUAAUUUGGGUACCUGAUCAGGUCUCGGCUAUGAUCCGGACCAGAUCAAAACCUGUGGGUCUUAAAAAAUAACCAAUAGAUACUUUGUCCUGGACUCGAACCGAACCUAUAUUUUCAAGUCGGUCUUGGUUUGUGUUUUUGGAUCCAGAUAAAAUAGACAGACCAAAAGAGUUAAAUAAAAAUGUACACACAAAAUCUUAAAUAAACUUAUUUAUGAAUUAUAUAAUUUUACAAAAAUUAUCUGCCUCAAUAUAAUAAUAUUUUGUAACAUAAUAAUGUACAACAAUCUACAAAUAUUAAUUCAUAUCAUAUUGUUAUACUUUAAAAAAAACCCGCGCUUUCUAAGCGCGGGUCAAAAUCUAGAAAGCGCGGGUCAAAAACUAGUUAUGUGGUUAAAGACCCCUUUAACCAUUCUUUUUAAUGAACGUUCAUGUUUCUUUAUUGUUCUCAUAAAAGCAAAACACAGGGGUUUCUCAUCCUUCAUCGUUGUCGGUUUCUUCUGAGGGUGUAGAGAGUUGAGGCUCGAUUUCGUCAUUCCUCGGACGAUCCCCCAUUUAACAGGCGGCGUGGGAAGCCUCAGUUCCACCGUUGAGGAGCAUAGAUUCUGCCUCCGACAAGCUAAGGGUUACUGAUGCUCUUGGAAAGGCUGCUCGUUAAAUUUCCUGUUGACGUCUUUUAUAAUCAAGAAAUUUGAUUUCAUCUUUUCCAUUAUGUAUAUGAUUUGAAUCUGAGGUCUUUGAUGUGUUUUGAGCGUGACGUCUCAAACUUCUCCUUUUUGUUUGUUUGCUUGAUCUCUAAUAAUUUUGUUCUUCAGUGCUUCGGAAGAUGUCAAACCUGAUGGUACCAUCCAACUAUACGCCUAUGCAUGUGAAAUUCUUGAAGAAGAUGGGAUAGAGCAAAUAGCCUUUGAUCUCGAGAAGUAAGUUCUUGCUUACCUUCCCAAGUUCAAGUUCAAGUUCCAUUGCACAUGGAUAUGUUAUUAAUAAUUUGUGAAAGAAUAAGCUUUUCUAUGCUUCAGAUACCUACAGCAACAAGAAACAUGAACAGUUUAGUAUAAUUUGAAAAUGUGAUACCAGUUCCUGUAUCUGAUCUUUUCAUUUUUGUCGGUAGGAUUGAUGCUUUUCUGAAAAUGAUCAGAACGGAACUGCUAGCAGGUUGUUCACAGUCUAUAAUGAAACCUACAUCGAUCAAAUCAAGAAAGUGCAAGUUCAGAUGAAUGCUGGUGAAGAUCUCGACUAGGAUGAUCUCACUUAAAGAUUCUCCUAUUUGUAAAGUUAAGACUCCUACACUUGGCUUAUGUUCAAGCCAGAGUACUUAAAGAAAGUUAUCAUUUUGGUCCGAUCCUGGUUAUGUGAAUGAUUUGAUUAUAAAGGCUCUGAAUAACGUUUUGUGCUUGUUUCUAUACUAAAACCCACUUGAGCACUCUUUCAAGCCUUUGUUUUAAUUUGUUUUAAUAUGUUUAACAUAUUCUGGUAAUUUCUUCAUUUGUGGUAAUGUUAGCGAAACCUUCGUAUAUCUGCGUAUCAAUAUCAUUUUCGUAACUAGUUUUGUCGUUCACUGCUAUAGUUUCACUCUUCUUUCCUUUAUGAACACCAAAUAACCAUUUGGAGUUUCCAGAUAUCAAUUUACUACAAACAACUUUUACGUGAGACAUGAAUGAAAAGGAACGAAAUUUAUGACAUAAAUCGUAAUUCCAUUAAAGACAAACACGUCUGGUAACUUUUGUAGAUUAGGUUUAUUUUUCUUGGUUUAAAUUAUAGUUUUGGUUAUAGUUUGAUUUACUUAAAAAAAAAAUUUGAUUUACUUAAUUUAAUUUGUUGGUUAGAAAGAUUUUGGUUUAAUUCAAUUAAAACUAUCAGUAUACAAAAAAAAAUCAGAAUUUAAUGGUUAAAUCCAGUUUUCAAUAACUUUUGGCCAAAAAAUUAACAAAUAUGUUGCCAAUGUAAUUUUUUUUUGUCAAAUUGCAUUAAAUAUGUGGUCAAGGAAUAAAUAAAUUUAUCAAAUUAACAUUAAAGCAGUCAAAAUUAAGUAUAUCUGCGAUAAAAAUAUAAUAAAUAUAUCAAACCCAUAUUAAAUUCUUCAAUAUUACGUAAAUAUGUGAUCAAAAGAUAAUAAAUCUGUUAAAACCUAAAUAAAUCUAUUAAAAAUAUGUAAACCAGUGGCCAAAGAAAAAAAAAAUUAAUCUACCGAAUCUUAUAAAAAUCUGUUAAAGUUAAUUAAAUUUGUCGGCAAAUAAACUAAAUUUAUUUAUUUUUUUUAAAAAACAUAAAUAUGUUGACCAAACGUGAAAAAUUCGUAGAAAUAUAAUUAGUUUAUAGAAAUUAAGAUAAAUCUGCCACAAAAAAAAGUUAAAAAUAAGUUUGUAAUUACAUUAAAACGUGAACAAAAUAAGUCUACUAAUAAUGAGGUUUUCGUAUUUAUUAGUUUUAUAUCAAAGGAGGUAGGGGCAAAACAGGACUAAAUAAAAUUAGUAAUUAUAAUAAAAUUAGAGUAUUUCUGGUAAUCAACUAAUGUAUUAGGGUUAAACGAAAAAUUUCCCAUUAAUUUAUUAAUAAAAUAAUUAUAAAUAUUUAAACUUUCUUUUUUUACGUUGAACAUCUUGUACUCCGCCUAAAAAUGCUUUUGCUGUCAACUCUCUUGGCGAUUCUGGUGAUCACUUUCGGCAAUAAGAACCUUUCAUUUGAUGAAAAACAGAUGCGAAGAAGAAAAAAGAAAAAAGAUCGUUGAAUCAAAAAAGUUGAAUCAAUAUGAUUCAAUGUAACUCAAUGUCAAAAACAAGAUAAGUUUAGAUAAAAUCAUAAGGUUUUCUCAGAUUUAAAACAUAGAAUACAUAUUUAAAAGAAAAAGAUAAAACACAUAUAUAACCGUAGAGUAUAAAUUCUAAUGUGUUUAGAACAUAGCGUACAUGUAAGGAGUAGUUGUUUUAUCUACGAUAUAUGAUAGAGUAAGCGAUAGAACAUAAAUGAACAUUGUCUAUAUUUUUUAACAAUGAAGUAAAAAGUCUACAAUAUAUGUUGUACUUUAUAAUAGUAAAGAGGUUUGGUUAGAACUGAGAUACACAUAUUCUAUAUUUAGAUAUAUCGUAGAGAAUACUUUAAAAUAUGAAUUAUAACAUUUAAAAAAUGUAGAAGCUAGAUCAAUUAGAACAUUUAUUUAGUCUUUGUAAAAAGUUAUAAUAUGCAAUCUAGCAAAUCUAGAUCAACAUAUCCAAAAACAUUUUGGAAUUAAAUUUUUGUAUUUUAAAACUUGUAAAAUAUUUUAAUGAUCAUAUUGAUUUUCCAUAUUUUUAUUUAUAUUUAGUUUUAAUAAUUUUUGGUAUUAUGAAGAUAAUUAUUUUAAAACUGUCUAGUUAAUACAAAAGUGUAAAGAGACAAAAACAUUCUCAUUAUGGCCUAUUUUGUGGAUUUCUCAUUUAUAAAAAGGUUAAAAAGCAGAUUAAAACUUGUUCUUCACUAAAAAAACUUAAAUUCUCAAUAAUGGUAACUUUAUAUUUUAUACAAAAAGACAAACAGAAAAGAGACUACAAUUCAGUGUGUCCUAAUUUGUGAAUAUAUAUUGCCUAAGUGAUUCAUUGACUAUAUUACUUCCAUUUACAAAAGCAAAACACAAAAACAUAUCCAAAGCUUCCUUUUACCAUGAAAUCAUCUAUAUAAAGAUCAUUACUACUGAAGAAAUAAUUUAUCAUUCCAAGAAAAAUAUUAAAAAUGUCAGAGCCCAAAAAUAAGAAGAUCAAACGCAUUGACGAGCUGCCUGAAGAUCUCACUGUAGAGCUGCCUGAACAUCUGGUGGAGUACAUCAUAUCAACGUAUUUCCCCAUCCAAUAUGUUCUACAAAACCGUGUUGUGUCCAAAACAUUCAGGGAAGCAGCGAUUCGAUCCCGAGACCUUGAUUUCGGCAGGAUAUACUCCAGGAGACGUAGUCAAUCAGAGGUUGUACAUAUAAUUGAAGAGAUUUUUAAUCAACACAAAGGAUCAGAAAUCAACCGAUUUGUUCUGAUUCUCAAUCAUAUUGGCGUAGAGGAUAAGGUACUCUCGUGGGUAAAAACAUGCCUAAGUAAAAACAUUCAAGAGCUGAUGUUAAACUUCUCCAAAUCCAAGAAAGUCAUGGAUCUCUCUGUUGAUUUCUCGGCCAUCGAGACACUAACUGUCUUGAAUCUAAGAUGGUGUAAAUUCGAAAUACCGAAUAAUACCCCAAAGGGUUUAAGACUCUUGAGGACACUUGCGCUCAUGAAGUCCAACGUAACACCAGAGAUGAUAGAUGCAAUAUUCAGCAACUGCAUUCACCUCGAGACGCUUGAACUAACCAGAUGCAUAACGCAUGGGGUAUUGAGCAUCAAUGCUCACAAUCAUAAGAAGUUCAAGGAACUGGUCCUGUAUUGUAUGCCUAAUCGCUUGCAAAUCAUUUUAGAUGCACCUACUCUUGAAUGCUACAAGUAUGAAGGAUUUGUUAGGAUUCUUGACUUUUCAAAAGUGGACGCACUUAAGGAGGCGAAACUCCAUUAUAUCCAGAAUUACAAUUGGCGUUAUUACGAUUCGUCUAACAUGGUGCUUGCUAACAUGGUGGCCUAUACAGGAGUUCAUGUCCUCUCAACGACAAAUAUCUUUCUUGAGGCAUUCAAGGAAAGAUACAUAGAGGGAGAAAUGAGAAGCCCCAUUUUCAAAUUUUUGAACUUGAAAGAAUUCAGUAUUCUUUUUAAAGCUCCAAACUUGUGUACUCUUUAUCACAUUUCUGAAUUCCUCAAAAGAUCCCCUAAGGUCGAAAAGGUUUUGAUCGAUAUUAAGGAGUUCACAUUUGAACCUGGUAUGCUUUGGAUAAUUCAUCAAAUGUCAUAUAUGGAGAGCAGCAACUGCGAGUUUAACUCUAUCAAGGAAGUCACGAUUGAUGGCUACAAAAACCAUUGGCAUGAGCUUGAUAUAGUGGAGUUCUUUUGCGGGCACGCAAAAUCGCUAAAGAAGUUGAAGUUGUUCAUGCCAAAAAACAUUAAGAAAAGAGCUCGCGGACUCGAUUAUGCUAGGUUGGAUUACAUAAGAAGCAGAUUUCCAGGUGUUAAAGUGGAAGUUUAAAUUCAGGAUAUGACCAAGCAUGGCAAACUAUAAUAGCUCUUUUGAUGUGUUUUCAGAAAAAAAUAUUUAAUGCUAUUCUCUGAGAUUUGAACUCUUUUGUUUUUAGUUUUGGUAAUGUUUAAGCUAUAAACUAUGUCAUGAUCCGCGUAACCUCGCAGAUUUCUUUUCUAGCUAAUGGAAUAAAACAUAUAAAUAAAUAAAUAAUAUGAUGUGUGGUGUUAUAUAAUUUUGUUCUAUAAUAUUUAUUUUAUUAAAUUAAUUAACAUUAUUAUAAUUUAUGCAAAUUAAUAGUGAAUCAGGUAUUUAUAAAUCUGUCGAAAUAUUAGGAAAGUAAAACUAAUGAAUUUGUUAGGUUAUAAACAUACAAAAUGAGAUGUAUUAAAUUUAAAAACAUACAAAACAUUAAUUAAGUUCAAAUGAAUGUUUCUGUUUAAAUAGUAUAAGAUUUAUUGGGAUCAUUGAUAUCAAAGUGGUUUUGGUCUAAUUUGCUCAUACACUACCCAUAAAAAGAAGUAUAGAGUCAUAUAAAAUUGGAAAAACAACUAAAUUUUAUUAUAAUCAAUAAUUAUUGCUAAUUGUGAAAUUAGCAUAAAUUACUGUUAGUAAUUUGUUUAACAUCCAUUAAGUAAGAAAUCAACGCUGAUCAGUAUCAGAAGAAGAACAAAUAAGAGGAAACACAAUGCUCCUUAAAAAUUUAUACCAU